AGCAUGGGAACAGAAGACACGUGCCAGUCCCCAAAGGCGGCGAAAAGCUGCGUACGGCUUUGAGUCCGGCGGGAGACCCCGACUCUCCAUCCACAUGGACCCGGGUUUGCCAUCUGAACCAAGCCCUAUUUCGCAGUCAAAUGCACAGGGGGCCCUUGAACUCGCCGCGAAGAAGAGCGCAAAGAAGCUCGCAGAACUCUGCCGACGUACCCCCUCCGUGGACUCUUGUCAUGGAGUACGGCUGCACUGCGGAGCAACCCAGUUUGACGAGAAAAGAGCUGACCACUAGCUGGGUCGCGAUACGUUACGUGCAACGGUGUGUAACCACGCGCCCGCGCGAAUUCGACCGUUUGCGCAGACGGCCUAGCUGGAAACCACCAAAGUUCGAGGGCCGCCUUGGUCCGAUCGCGAGCGAGGGGUUGACAUCGCCACCAAGGCUGCAUGCCAGGCUUGAGAGCCGUCAAGCAUAUGAAUACAGAAAAUCAUCUAGCGAUGGCGGACACACCGAGGAUACACAGCAGGCAUUUGCGGCGGGCGCAAGCGGGAGAUGCAUGAAUUUCGUACGGAAGCCCCGACAGUACAAGAUACGUAUCUCGGCCGUGCAAAGCACAAAGAGAGAAGACUCGAAACGAACCGAGAUUCCGUCUGAUGUUUGUCACGUGCUAGAGCUCCGACGUCGGCUCGAAAACGUCAUAAAGGAGGCGGGAUUACGUACCCAUGAACCUUUUGGGGGACCUCUUGAGGUCAAGACGAACGUUCGGUGGUUCCGAGAAGUUCAAAGUCGACCAGCAUCUUGACGUCGAGGACACUCUCGGACACACAACGGAAAAAGCAUUGCUGGACAAGAGAUGGGGCCAAAUGCAUAUGCCCAUCCGAGCAUUGUCUUAGGUUUGCGCCUUGCGACAUCGGUUGAACACCUACCUAGGUUCCUAGGUUGAUAACGGCGGGAAGCUGACAGGGAUGAGCUAGGUGGGUGAGUCGAUCAUCAUCAAAUCAGAGAGGCACAAUCGAGUCCGUAUGAAAGCCUUCUACUGCGGUGUAAUGGCCGAAUCUUGCGCUCAAAUGGCCUCUUACAUGACAGACACAGAUGGAGCGGCGGCUGAGGCUCAUGGGGGAGGUUGGUGUGCGUGAUCUGGUUCAGCGAAUGGCAAGGACCAUGGUUGUCUCAGUUCGGGAACUGUCCCUGUCCGAG